AUGUCACAAAAGAGGGAUCCGGCUUGGGCAUAUGGAACUCCUAUGGGUAGUAACACAAAAGUCAAAUGUAUCUUUUGUGAUGUGACAUACAAUGGCGGAAUCUUUCGUCACAAAAGGCAUCUCAUGGGUGGCUAUAGAGAUGUAAAAGUAUGUCUGAAAGUCCCGGAUAAAGUGCGGGAAGAAAUCAAAGAAUAUAUGUUGAAGAAAAAUGAGUUUAAAACCCAAAUGAACAAUGAAGCAUCCAUGGAUAAUCUUGUUGAUAAUGAUGAAAUGGAUGAUGAUGAAUUGGAAGUGAAUAUCAAUGCCAAUGGGGCCUCCCUCAAAGCAUCAAAGGAUGCCUUCAAGUGGAUGUAUGAUGCAGGACUUCCUUUCGAUUGUGUUAACUACACAGAUAGUUUUGGUGAAUUCAUUGAGGCAGUCGGCCAAUAUAGCCCUGGAAUGAAGCCUCCCACCUAUCAUGAGGUAGGGCAAAAUGUGUCAGAAGUUGUGACUGAUAAUGCAAGUGAGAACAAAAAAGCAGAUAACAUGUUGAAGGGAUCCCCACAUAUUUUCUGGACUCCUUGUGCUGCUCAGUGUAUCAACUUGAUGUUUGGUGAUAUUUUCAAACAAGCCCCGUAUUCUACAGUUCUUAGCAAGGCUGUUAAGGUACAUGUUCAAUCAAAGGGCAUUGUUAUUGAAUAUGAUGAGGAGAUACACAAAGCAAAGAAAUUUGGUAAAACCCGCCAAGACAAGAUUCGCAACAGCUUUUUUGACUUUGUAUAG